AUGUCGGUAGGACUUGUGGAAAAAGUUGUGGUGAAAACAAAUCUCUAUUCCAGUUUCGCUACUGUUGUUUUCAAACAUUCAGAAUCAGUUGCCUUUGCAGUGCAAAAUCUGCAAAAUAUGGUGAUAAAAGGGCAGCGCAUCAUAAUGCGCCAUUUCAACACGAUUUUUAACGAAUCUCUCUCUCUUAACUCUGAAAAAUCGAUGACUAUUGGGGUAAAUGAUGAUAUGAAAAAGCAGCAUUACGUGAAUGAAGAAAAUUGGACAGAAAACUUACUCAAGAAUCAAAAUGAAGAAAAAGGAGAGCGACAGUGCCAAAAAGGUGAAGCUCAGAUGUACAAUCAAAGAAAUCUUUCAGAUGCCUGGUAUCAGUAUAGAGAAAGUGGAGGAAAGCAGAGUGGUAUGAACACAUGGCAAAACGAACUACUCAGUCGAAGUGGUACUGAUUUAGAGCAAUUCGAUAACGAUUCGCUACUGGGCGAGAUGUUCGAUUCAACACAAUUUCAUAUGGAUAUACUAAAAUGCAGUUUAAAGUUUUUAUUGGACGAGGACUAA